AUGGCUGAUAACGGAAACGACGGAAACAACAAAAACAACAGACAAGGGCGUCAAGAUGGCGCUGUCUGCAGCUGGCUGGUCGAUUUCGCCAACUUGACGGACCACAACGGUAGGCACAAGGUGAUGAUCCAUUCCAGCACAGGCUACCUGUUUUCCAUCCUCUGCCCGGCAAACUGGGGCCGCCGGCUCGUCACCAACACAGCGCUAAACCCCAGCCAGAUCAUCAUCAGCCCAGGCGAGGACGGUCCUCGUGCGGAAGACCACCAAUACGCCUUCAAGUUGACAAUGCUACCGCCCGAGGAUAUUUGUAUCCACAUCGAUGCGGGGGCCCCGAUCACGAGUAUUGGAGUUGCCGACGGCCCCGGCGACUUGGUGCUGUUGUCCUUCCACUCUCGCACUGCACCGUUGGAGACCUUUAACUUGGUCAUGGGUGAGCCUGGGAAUCAGGUGAUGGCUUUGUGGUUUUGUGGCGGCCGCAACAUUGUGGAAUACAUGGUCGAGGGUGACAAACUCUGA